AUGGGGCCCAGGUGUGUCCAGGUGUCCCAAAAAGGGGCCCAGACCUUCGAGCUGGGCCCGCCAGGCCCGACCCCCGCCCCGAAAAAGGGCCGGAGGAAGAGGAAGGAGAAGGAGAAGCUGGAGGACAUGAAGAAGGAGAUGGAUGUGGACGAUCACAAGCUCGACGUGAACGACCUCGAGAUCAAGUACAGCACCAGCAUCACCAAGGGUCUGUCGGAGGCGGCCGCGGCCGAGCGGCUGCUCCGGGACGGCCCCAACGAGCUGCGCCCCCCCCGCGGGACCCCCGAGUGCGUGAAGUUCGGGCGGCAGCUGGCGGGGGGGCUGCAGUGCCUCAUGUGGGUCGCUGCCUCCAUCUGCCUCAUCGCCUACGGCGUCCAGGAGGGCGAGGGCGACCGCGGCAGCUCCGACAACCUGUACCUGGCCAUCGCCCUCAUCGCCGUCGUGGUCGUCACCGGCUGCUUUGGGUACUACCAGGAGUUCAAGAGCACCAACAUCAUUGCCAGCUUCAAGAACCUGGUCCCGCAGCAAGCCACAGUGGUGCGGGACGGGGCCAAGCAGCAGAUCAACGCCAACGAGCUGGUGGUCGGGGACCUGGUGGAGAUCAAAGGGGGCGACCGCGUCCCCGCCGACAUCCGCGUCCUGUCGGCCCAGGGCUGCAAGGUGGACAACUCGUCGCUGACGGGGGAGUCGGAGCCGCAGACGCGCUCGCCCGAGUGCACCCACGAGUCGCCCCUGGAGACGCGGAACAUCGCCUUCUUCUCCACCAUGUGCCUGGAAGGUACGGCCACAGGCCUGGUGAUCUCCACGGGCGACCGGACCAUCAUCGGCCGCAUCGCCAGCCUGGCCUCGGGCGUGGAGAACGAGAAGACCCCGAUCGCCAUCGAGAUCGAGCACUUCGUGGACAUCAUCGCCGGCCUCGCCAUCUUCUUCGGGGCCACCUUCUUCGUGGUGGCCAUGGUCAUCGGGUACCCCUUCCUGCGCGCCAUGGUCUUCUUCAUGGCCAUCGUGGUGGCCUACGUGCCCGAGGGGCUGCUGGCCACCGUCACGGUGUGCCUGUCGCUGACGGCCAAGCGCCUGGCGCGCAAGAACUGCGUGGUGAAGAACCUGGAGGCCGUGGAGACCCUGGGGUCGACCUCGGUGAUCUGCUCCGACAAGACCGGGACCCUCACCCAGAACCGCAUGACCGUCGCCCACCUCUGGUUCGACAACCAGAUCCACGAGGCCGACACCACCGAGGACCAGUCGGGUCAGAGCUUCGACCAGUCCUCGGCCACGUGGACGAUGCUGAGCCGCGUCAUCGCCCUCUGCAACCGCGCCCAGUUCAAGCCGGGCCAGGACGACGUGCCCGUGGCCAAGCGUGACGUCAUCGGCGACGCCUCGGAGACGGCGCUGCUCAAAUUCGCGGAGCUGACGGUGGGGCCCGUGGCGGCCGCCAGGGGGCGCCACCCCAAGGUGGCCGAGCUGCCCUUUAACUCCAGCAACAAAUUCCAGGUGUCGGUGCACGAGGCAGGGGAGCAGCAGCUGCUGGUGCUCAAAGGGGCCCCCGAGCGGGUCCUGGAGCGGUGCCGGGGGGUCCUGCUGGGGGGGCAGGAGCUGCCCCUCGACCCCCAGUGGAGGGAGGCCUUCGAGGGGGCCUACGCAGAGCUGGGGGGGCGCGGGGAGAGGGUCCUGGGGUUCUGUGCCCGCUGGCUGCCCCCCGGGACGGUGCCCCCCGGCACGGACCCCGAGGCGCUGCCCGAGCUGCCCAGGGCCUGCUUCGCGGGGCUCGUGUCCCUCAUCGACCCCUCGCGCCACCGUCCCCAGGCCGUGAGGAAGUGCCGGACAGCCGGGAUCAGGGUGAUCAUGGUGACGGGUGACCACCCCAUCACGGCCAAGGCCAUCGCGGCGUCCGUGGGGAUCAUCUCGGAGGGCAGCGAGACCCCCGAGGAGGUGGCGGCGCGGCUGCGGCUGCCCCUGGAGCAGGUGGACCCCAGGCAGGCCCGGGCCCGGGUGGUGACAGGGACGGAGCUGGCGGCGAUGGCCCCGGGGACCCUCGAGGGGCUUCUCCGCGCCCACCCCGAGAUGGUUUUCGCCCGGACGUCACCCCAGCAGAAACUCGUCAUUGUGGAGAGCUGCCAGCGCCUGGGCGCCAUCGUGGCGGUGACGGGGGACGGCGUGAACGACUCACCGGCGCUCAAGAAGGCCGACAUCGGCGUGGCCAUGGGCAUCGCCGGCUCCGACGCCGCCAAGAACGCGGCCGACAUGAUCCUGCUGGACGACAACUUCGCCUCCAUCGUCACCGGCGUCGAGCAGGGGCGGCUGAUCUUCGACAACCUGAAGAAGUCCAUCGCCUACACCCUGACCAAGAACAUCCCCGAGCUGACCCCGUACCUGAUCUACAUCACGGCCAGCGUGCCCCUCCCCCUGGGCUGCAUCACCAUCCUCUUCAUCGAGCUCUGCACCGACAUCUUCCCCUCGGUGUCCCUGGCCUACGAGCGGGCCGAGAGUGACAUCAUGCACCUGAAACCGCGGAACCCCCGGCGGGACCGGCUGGUCAACGAGCCCCUGGCGGCCUAUUCGUACUUCCAGAUAGGCGCCAUCCAGUCCUUCGCGGGCUUCACCGACUACUUCGUGGCGAUGGCGCAGGAGGGCUGGUGGCCCCUCCUGGUGCUGGGGCUGCGCCCGCGCUGGGAGGACCAGCACGAGCAGGAGCUGCAGGACAGCUACGGGCAGCAGUGGACGUUCGCGCAGCGCAGGUACCAGCAGUUCACCUGCUACACCGUGUUCUUCAUCAGCAUCGAGAUGUGCCAGAUCGCCGACGUGCUCAUCCGCAAGACGCGCCGGCUCUCGCUGCUCCAGCAGGGGGUGCUCAGGAACCACAUCCUGGUGGUGGCCAUCGUGUUCCAGGUGUCCAUUGGCUGCUUCCUCUGCUACUGCCCCGGGAUGCCCAACAUCUUCAACUUCAUGCCCAUCAGGUUCCAGUGGUGGCUCGUCCCGAUGCCCUUCGGGCUCCUCAUCCUCGUCUACGACGAGAUCCGGAAAUUGGGAGUCCGGAGACACCCGGGCAGUUGGUGGGAUCGAGAGCUUUACUACUGAGGUGGGGCCGCCACGGACACCUGAGAUCCACCUGCACACCUGGG